UUUGUCUUCAUCCUCCUUUGUACCGCUAUCCUGCGUCCACGCCUUAUAUUGUACUAUUUGCAUUGUUCGACUCGAGGAUCACCUUUUCGCGGAAACCAUAUAAUUGAGAUCGAUACGAAGAGACCGCUGCUGUCCUGCGCUCCCCAGAUCCGUCUUUCACCCCCAAAACCGAUCGUUUGACUCCAUCGAGCUAGUCUUCGAAGAUGAACUACGUACAGUUAGAGAAACUAGGAGAGGGAACGUAUGCGACGGUGUAUAAGGGUCGCUCACGUACCACGAACGAAAUUGUGGCGCUGAAAGAGAUCCAUCUCGAUGCGGAAGAAGGCACCCCUUCCACCGCCAUCCGCGAAAUCUCCUUGAUGAAGGAGCUCAAACAUCCCAAUAUCGUCCGCUUGCACGAUGUCAUCCACACUGAGACCAAGCUCGUCCUUAUCUUCGAGUUCGCCGACCAGGACCUGAAGCGGUACAUGGACACGAAUGGCGAUCGCGGCGCUCUCGAUCCCGUUACCGUACGCAGCUUCAUGUGGCAAUUGCUGAGGGGCAUCGCGUUCUGCCACGAGAACCGAGUGUUGCAUCGCGAUCUGAAGCCGCAGAAUCUGCUGAUCAACAAAAAGGGUGAGUUGAAGCUCGGCGAUUUCGGUCUCGCGCGAGCGUUCGGUGUCCCUGUCAACACGUUCUCGAAUGAGGUGGUGACGCUGUGGUAUCGUGCUCCGGACGUGCUCCUUGGCUCUCGAACAUACAGCACCUCCAUCGAUAUCUGGUCUUGUGGCUGCAUCUUCGCCGAGAUGAUCUCAGGUGUCCCACUGUUCCGAGGGCGAGACAACCAGGAUCAGUUACUCCAUAUCAUGCGUAUCAUUGGCACGCCAGACGAUCGCACUUUACGUCAGAUAGCCUCCCAGACUCCCGAUGUGCAAAUCAAGCAAUUUCCCAAGUACCCUAAGAUUCCCUUCACUCAGAUCCUCCCGAAGGCAUCGCCUCAAGCUAUCGACUUACUGGAGAGACUUCUCCAGUUUGAUCCCGCAAAACGAAUGACCGCUGAUGAGGCCCUUCAACACCCCUACUUCCACGGCCCACCACCCUUCCCUAUCAACCCGGCCAUGACUGGCGCGUUCACUCAUGCCAACCCACACGUUGACGCGCACGCACAACAUGCCCAAGCCCAGGCUCAGGCACAAGCCCAGGCCCAGGCCCAACAGGCCGGACAAGCUCAAGCGCGAGCAGCGUGGGCAGCACAGCAGCAGCAGCAACAACAACAACGGGCGAUGAUGUUGCAGCAGGCUCAGGCGAAUCACGCCCAAGCCUUGGCUCAAGCUCAAGCGCAAGGACAAAUCCCACCCGCAGUCAUGCAGGUCGCCGCGGCUCGUCAGCAAGGGUUCAUCGAUCCGGCUCAGAUGUAUGCCCAGCAGUACCAGGGUGCGCCUCGGUAGUGCAGCGUUCGUGUUCGUGCCUGUUUCUUGUCGGCUUCGCAUUCAUCACCGUUUUGGGGAUUCCGGACUCAUGAGCGCCGUUCGGGUCGAUACUGUUAUGAUAGCAUACCUAGACAGACGUUGUAAUACACCUGUACCAUCACUAAAGCAAGAACACAACCCCGUGGCCCUAACC